AUGUCUGGAAAUCAAGGAGACAGCGAACUCUCACCAGAAGAGAUCAAACCUGGUGGUUCGGAGAAGAGAGAUGCCUUCACAGAACUCCUUUCCUCCCGACCCAAGCAGCGAAAACCUUCUCCGGAAAAACUAUCUAAGCCUCAUACAUCCUCUUUGAGAAAUCCCAAAUCUUUUUCAGCGCGCGACGGACUGGGCGCUUAUAUCGCAAACCCCGAGAGCUAUCCGUCAAGUGUAGUGAUAUCUCACGAUUCGAAUUUCGUCGCAAUCCAUGAUAUGUUCCCCAAGUCCUCGCUGCAUCUCCUUCUCCUCCCUCGCGACCAAACAAAAACCCAUCUCCAUCCAUUCGACGCCUUCGAAGACGCCGAGUUCCUCGCCAAGGUAAAGGCACAGGUCUAUAAGCUACGCUCUCAUGCCGCUGCAGAGUUACGACGUAAGUACGGGAAGUGCUCUGCACAAGAGCAAGCUAGGCAAGAAGCGCUGAGUUUGGAGCCACCACCAGACGAAUUGCCGGCAGGGCGAGACUGGGAGAAAGAGAUUAUAUGUGGUGUCCACGCGGUCCCGUCGAUGAACCACCUACAUGUGCAUGUUAUUGCGGUAGAUAGGUAUAGCGAGCGGCUUAAGCAUCGGAAGCACUACAACAGCUUUGCGACGCCUUUCUUGGUGCCGAUUGGGGAUUUCCCUCUGGCGCCAGAUGAUGAACGAAGACAUCCUACACGGGAAGGUUAUCUAAAGCGUGAUUUCGUAUGCUGGCGCUGCGGGAAGGGGUUUGGGAAUAAGUUUGUGGAGUUGAAGAAGCAUCUAGAACAAGAGUUUGAGGAAUGGAAGAGACUUUAA